ACAAAUUUCUGUUUUCGUCAACAUCUUUUUCUGAGGACAAUUGAACUUGAGAAAAAGAAGACGCAGCGAUGAGUCUCUCUAGUAAGGACAAGGCCAAUAUCAAGGCUCUCUGGAGCAAGAUCAGCCCCAGGGCUGAUGAAAUCGGUGCUGAAGCCCUCGGCAGAAUGCUCAACGUCUACCCCCAGACCAAGACCUACUUCGCUCACUGGGCUGACCUGAGCCCUGGCUCUGCUCCUGUGAAGAAGCACGGCAAGACGAUCAUGGGUGCAGUCGGCGAGGCCAUUGGAAAACUAGACGACCUUGUUGGAGGUCUGGCGGCCCUCAGCGAACUUCACGCGUUUAAGCUGCGUGUUGACCCGUCCAACUUCAAGAUCCUCGCACACAACCUCAUAGUUGUCAUUGGCAUGCUCUUCCCUGCGGACUUCCCCCCAGAGGUUCAUGUGUCAGUUGACAAGUUUUUCCAGAACUUGGCCCUGGCUCUCGCUGAGAAAUACCGCUAAACGUCCAGAGGAGAGUAUCUUCAGCAUGCAACACUGUGCGGCACCUCACCCUAACCAACUCAUGUGUGAUGUCUGAAUACAAUUUCUCAAUAAACGUCACAGAACUACAUUA